AUGCAGACGACAUAAGAAAGACAACUGUACCUAACAACCACCGGCAGCGUAGCGCUGUCUGGAAUAAUUUAAGCAAUGUAAAGCAAAACUAUAAACAUCUGCCAAAGAAUGUCAGAAAAUAAUGGGAAAACUAUUGAGCAAACGGAAGACCCUUAAAUACGACAGAAGGCAGGAAGGGAAUCAGGUGGAUGGGGAAGAAGUUCUGGAGAAAAGCACCAUGACAGGACCUAGAAUUCACUCUGAUGCUGUUGUUAGUCUGGCAUCCUUACAACCAGGGCUGUGUAUAUCCGGUAGUAAGGACAAGACUAUUGCACUCUAUGACUAUCAAAAUGGGCGACUAGAAGACAGAUGGACAGGACAUGAUAGAGAAGUUACUAAGGUCACCUAUGGAGCCAGCUGUGGUGGCAUCUUCAGUGCAUCUCGAGACAAGACCAUCAAAAUGUGGCAGAGGGGGAACUCACACAGCUUGCGUGAAUUCAUUGGCCAUGAUCUGGUUGUGACUGCUAUUCACUUAAAUGAAGACAAUACCCUAUUGUGCAGUGGUUCUCGUGACAAUUCAGUGAGAAUCUGGGAUGUGGAAAGAGGAACUUGUUUGUGCCAAAAUAACAUCCCUCAAAAUCUGGUUACAGAUGUGAAGUGGAUUCCAGGCACUGAGCAAGUUUUACAGACAGGUGAAGAUAAAGAAGUGAGGAUCUAUGACACAAGAACUAUGACCGUGGUUCGCACGUUUACCAAAAAACAAUACAUCCAGAUGAGCUGUGACAUUUCACCUGAUGGCAACUAUUGCCUUACGUGCAGCAAUGGAUUUGGAGGCAAUGGCUGUGAAGCCACCUUAUGGGAUCUGAAGACAUCUGCUCUUAUCCAUGAGUUCAAAGGUCAUCGUGAAGCUGUUGAAGCAUGCAUCUUCCUGCCCUCUUCUGAGCAGCCAUUGAUAGCCACAGUGUCAAGAGAUUGUAGUGUGCGUAUUUGGAACAGGGACUCCCGAGAGUGCAUCUGUGACUUUUACUUAAGUGGAUCUGGUCCUUUGACAUCUUUAAUUGCAUAUGAAGGUGGAAGCCUGUUGGUGAGCACCUUCAACAUGGGCAUUCAAGUUCUGAAGCUCCAAGGAAGUGUAAUCACACCUAAAGCAUGCUUUUAGUUUUCUCUAUCUUUUUUUGCACCAGUUAUUAAGCAGUGUUCACUAUUAUAGUUAUUUUCUACCAAUAAUGAUAAAACGGAAGUAACCAUUAGUGGUUGCCAGUACUAUUUUAUCCCAAGUUGUUCUGCCCUGUUGCAUUGUCCUUUUUUUUGAGCACAUUUUAAGGGUAAUAGGCAAGGAUGUUUAACUUUGAGCUUUGCUGAAAUAGUCUACAAGUUUUGCAUGGAUUUUGUCGAGACAAUUCUUGGUCCAAUGUCAAGGGAACAAUUCAUAUUUGUAAUGCUUUACCAUUCUCUCAAGAUAGGUGACAUUUUACACAGAUAACUCUUCCUUCACACUGUCAAACAAUUUUUUGGUAUUAGAAUUAUGAACAUAAUUGAAAAGGUAACAGUUAUAGUUUCCUUAUUUUCCCUUUAAAAUUAAGAUUGCCAUUUGUUUCUUUUUAAAUGUUUCAAAGUAGUUGUGCAACAUUCAGUGUUUUUUUUUCCUAUAAGGCAUGUGUAUCGCGUGGUCAUAUUGUGAUUUACAAAUGGAAGAUGUGGACGUUAAGUACGAGGGAAGAAGACAAUGCCUUAAAGAUGCUGGACAUAAACUUUUCUGUAUUUUCAUUAUCCUUCUUUUUCAAAUACCCAUGGCAAACAUGAUUGGGUUUACUUUUCAGGCCAUUUUACUGCAUACCGUAAAAGAUAUAAUUUUUUUUGGCUGUGAUAUUAGGCUUCAUGACCACAGAUAAUACAUGUCUGUAUUUUCAUGGUCAUAAAAAAUGUCCAUCAUUGUGGAGGUUUUACGUUGCUUUAAAAUAAAUUUUGCGUGCAUAAAAUGGUCAAGUACCAGCUUGCGGUGUAUGCAUUUUGAUUUAUGUUGUACAAGCAUCAAUGAGUACUGGUAUUUUUAGAGUUUUUGUUUUAAAAUUAUUGCUAUUUACCUUUUGCUGUGUCAGAGUAAAAUCUUAUGAAAUA